CCACAAAGCUCCUAAUUCACUCCCUGGUUAUCUCUCGCCUCGACUACUGCAAAUCAUUCCUCGAUGGCUUACCUUUACCCCCUCCAGUCCAUCCAACUGUUCAGCGUCUGCUACCCCUCUCUGCCAAUCCCCUCCACUGGCUUCCACUCAGUGUCCUCCACCCCUCUCUGCCAAUCCCUCCACUGGCUUCCACUCAGUGUCCUCCACCUCUCUCUGCCAAUCCUUCCACUGGCUUCCACUCAGUGUCCUCCACCCCUCUCUGCCAAUCCUUCCACUGGCUUCCACUCAGUGUCCUCCACCCCUCUCUGCCAAUCCCUCCACUGGCUUUCACUCAGUGUCCUCAACCUCUCUCUGCCAAUCCCUCCACUGGCUUCCACU